GUCACCAAUAUCGCAAUGCGCGCACGUAAACAAACAUUUUGUGUGUGCGGGGAUACCCACGUCGUGCUGUCUACGUUUCGCCCGUGUUCUGAGCAUUUGGGGGUAAAGGAAAACCCGAACUCAGCACCACAGAUGGCGUGCUACACAGUGAGCUAGAGGCGUGUGUGCGUCGUUAUCGGGCAACCGAGACAACCGAGAUUAGUGUUGGUGCAUCAUCGCACAUGUGAACCCGCAGCAAACCACCGCACACGGAUUAGGGGGUAACCGGAUUCCACAUCCACCACUCACACCAUGGACCACAUCCUGAUCGAGCCGGACUGCUACAAGGUGUGCCGGAUCUGCAUGGAAAGCUGCGAGGACGACUGUGUGUGCGUGUACGACGAGUUCGAGGACGUGCUGCUGAGCGACGUGAUCCGAGAGUGUGCCCGGGUUGAGAUCCGCAAGAACGAUGCGCUGCCUCGCAACGCUUGCCGGAACUGUGCCGAGUAUCUGAUCAUCGCGUACCACAUCAUACAGAAGUGUCGCGAUUCGGACGUGACGCUACGGUCCAUCUUUAAGCACGAGCUAAACUUGCACCGCGAAGAGCGCAAACCGAACGCGUCGUCGGUGGUCGGGUUGCGUGCGGACGAUAUGGACCCGUCCGGCUACGAGUUCCUGCUAGCGAACGGGUACGACGCCAUGAUCUUGGAGGGUGAAGGUAUGCUGCUGGAGAACGCGGACUGUGACUUUACUGCACCGAGCGAUGAGAAGGCUGACAGCGUUCAGGAGGAAAGUUUCGCGGACACGCCUAUCGAGCAGCAGCAACCACCACCAGUGUCCGGCAUGGAACAAUCGCGCCAAGAAUAUCAGCAUUCCGAGCUAACCCCCCAACUGGAGGACGAGCAAAACAAACCGGUACUGUCAAGCGAAGACAUCGAGCUGAUUCUGGAGUACGAAGAAAAGGCACUUGCAGCGCGGCGCCUGGUUACGGGUGAAACGGUUCACGAGUCGAGCGAAACCACCGAAGAGGACGGAUCGUGCAACGAGCAGAAGAAGUGUUGCGGCUGCCGGAAGCUGUUCAGCAGCGAACAAAGCUUACGGGAGCACUGCCAAACGGUCCAUCUGCCGGUGGAAUCGUCCGUAUCGGAUGGACCGGCCAGCGAGAGUAAACCGAUCCGCUGCCCGGUGUGCUUUAAACGGUUCAGCUCGCGGCAAUUGCUGAAAGAGCACGAACGCUCCGUCAACCGGAAGUAUGUGUGUGCGCAGUGCGGCAAGCGUUUCAUGACGCAAGCCAACCUGGACACCCACACCAAAUGCCACAAAAACAAGGAAACGUACAAAUGUUGCGGCUGCCGGAUGGAUUUCGAGCAGGAGCUCGAUCUGCUCGUUCACUCGCAAAACGUGCACCGGCUGGAGCGGUCGGUCGAUCCGGACAAACCGUUCGAGUGUGACACGUGCUAUCGGCGCUACCCGACGCGCAAAUCGCUCGCCACCCACAAACGCCAGAUCCGCCAGUUCCAGUGCCCGCUGUGCGGUGCCAUGUUUAUGAAGCAGCUCUUCUUGCAGCUGCACCACGAGCGCGCUCACCAGCAGGAGGCGCAGGAGAAGCGUCGCCGGUGCUGUGGCGGUUGCCGCGAGGUGUUCGAGAAUGCGGCCGCCCUGCGCGCCCACUCCGAGCGGGUGCACAAACCGGCCGACGGGUCGGCCGGCUCCGGCACGGACGACGGCAAACCGUUCGAGUGUAACGUGUGCCGGAAGCGGUUCGCGUCGAUCUUUUUCCUACUUCAGCAUCAGCAGAAGGUGGCGCGCGAAAAGUGCUACCCGUGCACCGUGUGUGGCCGCACGUUUGGGCGUGCGCACGAUCUGUCCAACCACGAGACGACCCACUCGAACGAGAUGCCGUUUGAGUGUAGCGUUUGCAGCCGACGGUUCAAGAACAAGCUGUACCUGAAGAACCAUCUUAAGCUGCACGCGAGCAGUGCCAAGGAGCAGGUGUGCGUCGAGUGCGGCAAAGCGUUUCGCACGAAGGACCUGCUCAAGACGCACCUCAUCAGCCACUCGCAGGUGCGCAAGUACGCUUGCACCGUGUGUCCGGCGACGUUCAAGCGGUUGCAGUGUUUGAAAAUUCACACCCGCGUACAUACGCGCGAGAAAGCGUUCGAAUGUGCGGUUUGCCGCAAGCGGUACGUGCAAUCGUCGGAUUUGAAGCGACACAUGCGCACGCACAAUCCGGGCGACGAGGGGAAACCGUUCCAGUGUGAGUACUGUUUGAGGCGGUACCCGCGCAAGGACUAUCUGAAGGUGCACAUUCGCAAGCAGCAUUUGGAAAAGACGGCGGAGCAUCAUCACCAGCAGGAAGGGAUGCACGCAGCGGAAGCAGUCGGCGGCAUCGGUAGUGACGAUGGGAAUGGAUCGUUCGAACGCAACGAUCCACCGAAUGAGAUGAGCGAUUUCAUGGACUGUUGACGAUCGCUUGCAAACGGCUCGUUAAAGCGCGUUUGCAAGUAAUUGCUGUACGUAGAACGUAUAUAUUGUACAAAGUAGAGAAAUGGGGAGGGUGCACGUGCAAACAGAGGGCGCAUUUGUGUACCAUCUUCCAAACACCCAACUGCCAUUGUAAUACAAAUCCCCACUUUUUACCUCAGGAUUUUGAAUCUGUACACCAGAAUCCCAGUUUAAACGGUGCGACAAGACAAACACACAACG